AUGGGUGGGCAAAUAUCUAUCUAUCUAUCUAUCUAUCUAUCUAUCUAUCUAUCUAUCUAUCUAUCUAUCUAUCUAUCUAUCUCAGUCUUUUCUUAUCUAUCUAUCUAUCGGUGCAUUAACUAUCUAUCUAUGUCUUUCUAUCUAUCUAUCUCAAUCUGUUCAUUAUCUAUCUAUCUAUCUAUCUAUCUAUCUAUCUAUCUAUCUAUCUAUCUAUCUAUCUAUCUCAGUCUUUUCAUAUCUAUCUAUCUAUUUAUCUAUCUAUCUAUCUAUCUCAGUCUUUUCAUAUCUAUCUAUCUAUCUCAGUCGAUCAUUAUCUAUCUAUCUCAAUCAUCUUCAUUAACUAUCUAUCUAUGUCUUUCUAUCUAUCUAUCUCAGUCUUUUCAUAUCUAUCUAUCUAUCUAUCUAUCUCAGUCGAUCAUUAUUUAUCUAUCUAUUUCAAUCUAUUCAUUAUCUAUCUAUCUAUCUAUCUAUCUAUCUAUCUAUCUAUCUCAUUCUUUUCAUAUCUAUCUAUCUAUCUAUCUCAAACUUUUGAUAUCUAUUUCCGAUAAUCGUUACUGGAGAGAAAAUAAUGCCAAGUUUCGAGCAGUACACCAAAAAGUUGCAAGUUAUGAAGAAUUCAGAGAUAUUGUCUUGGCUGCACAUUUGAAACCAUUGGACAAAAGUGACAAAAUCAAAGAGAAAUUCCAGCAACCUUGGAACACUUUGGUGCACCAGACACAAACGGAAAAGAAACAGUCUUCAGCAACUCAGAGUGUAAAACUCCAAAAAGAGGAUGACGUAAUUAUUCCAAAAAGUAGUAACGAAUUUGUAGUCGAAUGGCGCCGACUCAAAGAUUCCAGCCAGAAACAGUGUCAGUUGCUCCUGGCCAUUGGCAUUGCCAAACUGUCCGAAUUCUUCAAGCUUGAGGUUGCUCAUGGCUUGCUUGGUCAAAUCAUUAAGGUUCUUGAUUUGUACCAAGCCGAUAUAAAGACAGAAGACGUUCUGGCAAUCCUUGAUGUGCUGUCGACAUCGCAACGAUUUCUUUUGUGCUUAUUAUUCCUCACCCCUCAGGAAAAAGAAAACUGCAAAAAUUUAUUUCAAAAUCUGAAAAAGGAGUUGAAGGAUUCCGAUAAUUCCAUUUUGCUGAACAAACUUCAAAAACUUGAAAAGACAUUUUCAGAAAUUCUCUGA